AUGCUUUUUGGUGUGGUUCUGGCUAUGGAUUCCUUUGAGCCAGAUGGAAAUGGGAAGGAGGAGUCACUUCCGCCACCACCUCCUGUUGUUCCCUCUGAUGUUGUACCUCUCAAAGCUGAAGAGGUGCUCUCUACCCUUUCAGAACCUGUUAAGAAAAAGGUGGCUUUUACUUAUGAAGAUGGACGCCCUGUAGAAGGUAAGGGUGUAGGGAGAAAGAUAAUGGACAGGGUGCAAGAGACAUAUCAUUCUGACUUAAAUGGUAAGGACUUUGCAUAUGAUGGGGAGAAAAGUUUGUUUACUAUUGGUUCUCUUCCUCGGAACAAGCUUGAGUUUGAUGUUGUUCUGGAGGAUGUCACUUCUAACAGGAACAAUGGAAAUUGCAGCCCUGAUGGGGACAAUGAGAGUGAUAGAAAGAGGAUGCGACGUCCAUACCAUGCCAAGUCUUUCAAAGUAGAGAUAAGCUAUGCUGCGAAAAUUCCAAUGCAGGCCAUCACCAAUGCCUUACGUGGGCAAGAGACAGAGAAUUUUCAAGAAGCUAUUAGAGUUCUUGAUAUCAUUUUGAGGCAGCAUGCUGCCAAGCAAGGCUGCUUACUUGUACGUCAAUCUUUCUUCCACAAUGAUUCAAACAAUUUUGCUGAUGUAGGAGGUGGCGUACUUGGCUGUAGAGGAUUCCAUUCAAGUUUUAGAACUACACAGAGUGGCCUGUCACUUAACAUAGAUGUUUCAACUACCAUGAUAAUUACUCCUGGCCCUGUGGUGGAUUUCUUAAUUUCCAAUCAAAAUGCUAGAGAUCCUUUUCAACUUGACUGGGCUAAGGGUAAAGGUGGAGGGGAUGGUGGAGAUGGUACCGAGGAAAUCACUGUUUAUGAUUAUUUUGUUAAGAUAAGAAAGAUAGAUUUGCGAUACUCUGCUGACCUUCCAUGCAUUAAUGUUGGCAAGCCUAAACGACCUACUUAUUAUCCCAUUGAGCUUUGUGAAUUGGUAUCAUUGCAACGAUAUACAAAAGCUCUGUCCACCCUUCAAAGGGCUUCACUAGUGGAGAAAUCCAGGCAGAAACCACAAGACAGGAUGAAAAUUUUGUCCGAUGCACUUAGAAGCAGCAACUAUGGGUCUGAACCCUUGCUCCGAAAUUGUGGAGUUUCUAUAAGCACUGGUUUCACUGAAGUGGAAGGUCGGGUUUUGCCUGCACCAAGGUUGAAGUUUGGCAAUGGUGAGGACAUUAAUCCAAGGAAUGGAAGAUGGAAUGUUAGCAACAAGAGAUUUGUGGAACCGUCAAAGAUAGAAAGAUGGGCUGUUGCCAACUUUUCUGCACGCUGUGAUGUACGAGGACUUGUGCGGGACCUGAUUAGAAUUGGAGAUAUGAAAGGAAUUUUGAUAGAGCAACCAUUUGAUGUGUUUGAUGAGAAUCCUCAGUUUAGGCGUGCCCCUCCCAUGGUUAGAGUGGAGAAGAUGUUCGAAAGCAUCCAGUCUAAACUUCCGGGAGCUCCUCAGUUCCUUCUCUGUUUGCUUCCUGAUCGGAAAAAUUGUGAUAUUUAUGGUCCAUGGAAAAAGAAGAAUCUGGCUGAUUUUGGAAUUAUUAAUCAAUGUAUGUGUCCUACAAGGGUCAAUGAUCAGCUUCUUACCAAUGUUAUGUUGAAGAUCAAUGCCAAGCUUGGUGGAUUGAAUUCCUUGUUAGGUGUUGAGCAUUCUCCAUCUCUUCCUAUUGUUUCCAAAGCUCCCACCCUCAUUCUGGGCAUGGAUGUGUCACAUGGCUCUCCUGGGCAAACUGAUAUUCCUUCUAUUGCUGCGGUGGUCAGCUCUAGACACUGGCCUCUGUUAUCUAAGUAUAGGGCUUGUGUUCGUACCCAAUCUGCUAAGGUUGAAAUGAUAGAUAAUUUGUUCAACCAAGUAUCUGAAAAGGAAGAUGAAGGCAUAAUGAGGGAACUUUUGCUUGAUUUCUAUUCGACUUCUGGGAGGAGAAAACCAGAAAAUAUUAUCAUAUUCAGGGAUGGUGUUAGUGAGUCACAGUUCAAUCAAGUUUUGAAUAUUGAACUUGAUCGUAUCAUUGAGGCUUGCAAAUUUCUUGAUGAAAAUUGGGAGCCAAAGUUUGUGGUAAUUGUUGCUCAGAAGAACCACCACACCAGAUUUUUCCAGCCGAACUCUCCUGACAAUGUCCCUCCUGGCAAGAACUGUUGUCGACAAUAA